AUGCCCCAUGUCUUUGCAGAGUGUUUGGCUCCAGAUGCCCUACGGAGGGUCUCCAAGAAAUGCCACCGCAAGGAGAACUGCACUGUGGCUGCUGACCGGGCCACUUUUGGGGACCCGUGCCUCCCUGGCACGAAGAAACAGCUGCGAGUCUCCUACACCUGCGUGCCCAAGCAGCUGCUGGAGGAGGUGGGCGCAGAUACCUCGGACCCUUUCCUGCUCUCGGACUACAUGCACGGUGGCUGGUACAAAGGGCCCAGGUUCUCCAGGCUCCGGGAAGACCGGAUGAUUUUUACUAGUUCUCUGGCAGCUUUUGCCCACCUUUGGGGUGUCCCAGAGAAAGUUGGCCUCUACUUUCUUUGUGGGGUCUCGGGAGGUCUCAUGCUCCUGCUGUGCAUCAUCAGCCCCAAAAUGACCUUCCUCCAGGAGAUGGGGGAGGCUCUCAAAGACCCAGAGCUGAGCAGUGGCUCAGAGCUGAGCCGGACCAAGCUGAGGGAUGAGCAGGAUGAAGAUCUUCCCGAUGACAGUUCCUCAGACUCUUCCUUCCACCGCCUCACCCGCACCUACCGGGCCACUGACAGCAUCUUCAGCCCUGAGCUGACAGCUGCCAUGGAGGGAGCAGUGGAGCACCAGGGCCGUGGUGGGGAGGAAAUCUGGAUGCCUAAGGAGUCAAGCCCGUACGCCAUCCACAAGAUCAAAUCAGCCACCAAAUAA